CUUCUUUUCUGAGCUCCCUCUUUCUUCUUCCCUUUUUGAUUGCUCCGAGAGCGCUGCGCAGAUUCAGCCGCUUUCUCUGCGGUCGGAUCCCGAGGCGGCCCUGCUAACCCUAAUGGGCACGGGAGUCAGGUGCCUUCGUUCGACAGAGGGGAUGUUUUUUCCUCCCCGGGCCUCAUGACCCCAAGGCUCUGGUGUCUGUAAUCCUUGAAGCAGAAAUGCUGGUUAAGACGAACGGGAGCUCGGACGGCAGCCUGGUCUAAACGAGGGGAGCCACCAUGUUGGUGAUCCCCCCCGGACUGAGCGAGGAGGAGGAGGCUCUGCAGAAGAAAUUCAGCAAACUCAAGAAGAAGAAAAAGGCGCUGCUGGCCCUGAAGAAGCAAAGUAGCAGCAACACAGCCAGCCAGGGUGGCGUCAAACGCUCACUGUCGGAGCAGCCAGUGGUGGACACGGCCACAGCCACAGAGCAGGCCAAACAGCUGGUGAAGUCAGGAGCCAUCAGUGCCAUCAAGGCUGAGACCAAGAACUCGGGCUUCAAACGUUCUCGAACCCUCGAGGGGAAGUUAAAGGACCCUGAGAAGGGGCCGGCGCCCACCUUCCAGCCAUUCCAGAGGAGCAUAUCCGCCGACGACAACCUACAGGAGGCGUCCAGACGUCCCCAGAGGAAGUCACUCUAUGAGAGCUUCGUGUCCUCUAGCGAUCGGCUCCGAGAACUGGGGCCGGAUGAAGAAGCUGAGGGCCCAGGGGCUGGCGAUGGCCCUCCUCGGAGCUCUGACUGGGGCUAUGAAGAGCGAGGAGGCACCCGCUCCUCAGCCUCCCCUCCCCGAAGCCGCAGCCAGGACCACAGCCAUGAGCGGAACCGGGAGCGGGACCGGGAGCGGGACCGGGAGCGGGAGCGGGAACGGGAACAGCGGGACAGAGAUAAAGAUCGAGAUCGGGACCGCGAGAGGGACCGGGACCGGGACCGGGACAGGGACCGAGAGGGCCCUUUCCGCAGGUCAGACUCCUUCCCGGAGCGCCGGGCCCCUCGGAAGGGGAACACGCUCUACGUCUACGGAGAAGACAUGACCCCCACGCUGCUCCGCGGGGCCUUCGCUCCCUUCGGAAACAUCAUCGACCUCUCCAUGGACCCACCUAGAAACUGUGCCUUUGUCACCUACGAGAAGAUGGAGUCGGCAGAUCAGGCCGUUGCUGAGCUCAAUGGGACCCAGGUGGAAUCCGUGCAGCUGAAAGUCAACAUCGCGCGCAAACAGCCCAUGCUGGAUGCUGCUACCGGCAAGUCUGUGUGGGGCUCCCUCGCUGUCCAGAACAGCCCUAAGGGCUGCCACCGAGACAAGAGGACCCAGAUUGUCUACAGUGACGAUGUCUACAAGGAAAACCUUGUGGAUGGCUUCUAGGAAGGGAGGCUGGAUUCCCUGUGCCUCGCACCCUCUGCUGCUGGUCUCAGUCUCAGUAAAACACCAGGUGGAAGCUCACACCUCCUCCUCGGCUUCUGGUUUUUCAGCACUUGG